ACUAUACCACAGCCGGCAUAACACGACUAGCGCGCCGCCUAUCCAGUUAUUAUAUAACAAUUGAAUAUUAAUUUUCGCGCCAUAUGAAAUUAUAGUUUGAAACAAAUAAAUUUUACGGUUUAAAUUUUAUUAUUUCCACAAUCGAGAUGUACAAAUACGGAAUUCUGCUGCUCGCAGUAUACCUAUCGACAGCUUCUGCGCUGCCUCCGUGCGUAUGCACCAGGGACUACCGACCAGUCUGCGGAUCUAACGGCGAGACAUAUCCCAACAAAUGUAUGCUAAACUGCGCUCAGGCAACAAACCGGCAAAUCACUUUAAAGCAAUCCGGACCGUGCGAUUCUCCCGCUCAGCCAAUCUGCGUAUGCACUUUUGAAUACAAACCCGUUUGUGGUUCCGAUGGGAAAACCUACCCUAAUAGGUGUAGCUUGAACUGCGAAGCUUCAGUGAGACUCGCUCAUGAAGGGAAUUGUGCGGAGCCUGUAAAAGUAGCUCAACUGCCACGGUGCACCUGCACCAAGGAGAAGCAGCCGGUGUGCGGGUCAGACGGGGCGACAUACAGCAACGAUUGUAUGCUGAACUGCGCUACGCAAUUCAACCCGUCUUUGAGGAUUUCUCACUUCGGGCCGUGCAACAGCGAGGUCAAAGUUGUCGAAGAAAGUAGCGACAAUACAGUCGCGCCGUGCACUUGUACGAGGGAACUGAAGCCCGUGUGCGGAUCAGACGGCCAGACGUAUACCAGCGAGUGUAUAAUGAGAUGCAGAAAUAAAUACGCGACAGUCGCUAGGGAGGGCCCGUGUGAACUGUGAACACAGGAUGACGUAAGUGUUUGUUGUGCGAGACGAUUUUUGAGGCGUUCGAAAGUUCUCGGUCUCUAAUGUUGUAAUUUGUUUGUCGUCUGCGUGUUUUUGUGUCAUCUGUGGACCGUCAGUAUAAGGUAAUCGAUAUUCUCUUAUGGCCAAUAUUUGCAGCAACGAUUAUAUUUGUUUUUUUUUUUAUCGUCGCUGACACGGUGACCUCAUCGUUCGCAUAUUGGCCUUAAUCUUUUCCAGCAGCUAUGUCCAUAAUGUAUUUAUAUUGUCUGUCAAUUUAAUAUAAAUUAAAUAACUGUCGAAAUGAAAUUAUCGAAUUUUAAUAGUAGUAGUAGAUACAAUUAGUUUAGACAUUAGACGAUAACAGUUAGAAAUUUCAAAUUGAAUCCAUGUUUAAUUUCUGUUUAUGAUAUUAAGAAUAAAUAUCUUUAUUAUUGUGAUAUUUAUUUCCAUUUAUGUAAAAAAAAAAAUAAGUUACAUAUACAACAAAAAAGCAAGUCAUUACUGCUACUAUAUGUUUCUUCUUACCUCUCUCGGUAUUAAUUGUUCAAUUUUAUCGCUGGCCAUCCAAUUGUUACACCUUUAUAUCCAGUCGGAAACAUAUUAGAAGCUUAAAUGAAUUUUAUUUUUAUUAACAGGAGUUUAAUCUCAAACAGAUUAAAUGUACUGAAAUUAUUUGGUAAUUAAUUAGAUAAAAAUCUUCGCGUAGUUGUUUUUUUUUUAAUUACAAAAUAAUAUCAACGCAAUCAAUAACGCGGUUAGCAACUACUAUUUCUUUCUACAUGUAACGGUUUAUUUUUUAAAAUUCGAACAUAAAUAUUAUGUUGUAAUAAUAUUCUAGUUGUAUAAAAAAAGAGAAGGAAUCGAAUUGUAAACUUGUGAAUUGCCUACAAUCAAGUAAUUAUCAGCUAUUUAUGUUUUUUUUUGUUCAUAGUCGUUGUACUUUUGUAGAUAUGAAUGUUAUUUCGUUAAAGUAAAUGAUGAUAUAAUGAUAUUUAAUUGUUUAUGUAAUUUUGUUACAUUUAAAUAUAAAUUUUAAAAUACA